AUGACAAAUACAAAUAAAGUUUGGUAUAUUACUGGUGUAACAAGUGGCGCAGGUUUUGCAUUGUGCUCUACACUAUUGGAAAAAGGGUAUCAUGUAUGUGGUACUUCGAGAAGCUUAAAUCGUAUUAACCAAUUACCAUUUGUUAGUAAUAAUAACUUUUUAGGACUGGAGGUAGAUAUAACCAAUGAAGAAUCGGUAAAAAAAUCAAUUAAAAGAGUUAUUGAUAAAUUUGGUGAAAUUGACGUAGUUGUAAACAAUGCUGGUCAAUCAAUAAUGGGUAAUGUCGAGGAAAUAACUGAUAAAGAACAAAGAAUGCUAAUGGAUGUUUUGUAUUUCGGUCCAUGUAACGUAAUUAGAGCAGUUUUACCACACUUUAGACUCAGAAAAAAUGGUUUAAUAAUUAAUAUUAGCUCGGUAUUUGGUGAAGCUAGUGUACCAUUAUUUUCAAGCUAUUGUGCUGGUAAAGCCGCUCUAUCUGCCAUGACCUACUCUUUACAUGAGGAACUAAAACCAUUCAACAUUAGAGUAAUUUGCAUUAUGUUGGGAUAUUUAGAUACCAAUUUUAAAAAUCCUACCACAUCAAACCCCAUUGGCGAAUACAAAUUAGAAUCUACAUUUAAUAAAAUGAAAAAAACAUUUGGUCGUCAUAACAAAGAGUCACCUGUCAAUUUUGCAAAAUUCAUAAUUCAAAAUUCCAUGUUGGACAACCCACCAUUAAAAUUUAUCUAUCGAAAAAAUCCAAAAAAAAUAAACUAGAUCAUAUUAAAGAGGAUACAUUUGUUGUAAAAAAGAUCAAAAAAAAACAUUUUAAUAUAAAUGAAAUCAAUAUAUUAAAUGAAAUUAAACAUCCAAAUAUUAUAAAAUUUUAUGGUAGUGGUGAAGAUUGUGAUCACAUUUAUUUAUAUUUAGAAUAUAUAGAAGGGUAUUCACUAAAAGAAUAUAUUAAAGGAGGUGGUGGUCCAAUCUCGGAAAAGCAACUUAGGGAAUAUAUUGCAGAUCUAACCUUGACACUAUAUGGGCUACAUAAAAUAGGUAUAGUCCACAGAGAUAUCAAAUGUGAAAAUAUAAUUGUGGAUGCAAAAAAUAAGAAUUUAAAACUUAUAGAUUUUGGGUUAUCAAAGAGUAUACAACAAAAAGAUAAUCAAUUUGAAGUCGUUGGUACAUUGGUUUAUAUGGCACCCGAAGCAACUAAUUUUAAAUCAAAGAUUGGUCCAAAAGCAGAUAUAUGGUCAUUAGGUUGUGCUAUAAUCGAGAUGGCUGGUGGUGACUUGAUGAAAUCAAGAAAGAAAAAC